AUCGAUAGUUUUCAUAGUCCGACAACCCUGUCUUACGACUAAAACGGGCACACUGAAACUUGCGAGUUGUGUGCGUGUGUAUUCAUUUGGCAUCGGAGCGAAGAAAAUAAACAAUUGCCAACGAACAACUGGGAAUCCAAGUGAUCUGAUCCCGAUUCCGAGACCAAGACUGCGACCAUGUCCGCCUACUACAGCCUGUACACGGGCGACAACUACGACGACGAGUCGAUUGGAGACGAGCGCAGCGAGGAAGACACGGACGACGCCAGCGAGACCGAGUUCCGCAGUCCCAGCCGCUAUGGCGGCACCAACGGCACCUCCAACAGCAACAGCAAUAGCCUGGGCACCAACAGCGAGCUGAAGGAGCAGAUGUACCAGCACAAGCUGCUCAACCUGCAGAAACAGAUGGAGGAACUGGGCCAACUGGUGCACCCGGAGUACAUCAAGCGCGUGAAGAAGCUGGACAACCAGCUGAAGGAGCGACGCCGCCUGAACGAGAUCUACAAGGAGUACAUGCGCGAGUGCGUCGAGCGGGAUUAUGUGCUGGAGAAGAAGGCCGCCCAGAAGGAGUACGACGAGAAGAUGAUGGACCUCAAGGACAACCUGAUCUCGGACUUCGAGGACCGCAAGCGUCAGAUCGAGAACGAGCGCUUCAGCCUCGAGCUGACCAACGAUUCCAUGGAGAUCAAGACGACGGUUACGCGUAAGCUGCGCCGCCGCCCCAACGAACCGCUGCCGGUAAUCGAGAAGCGACGCAAGCCGGCCACCGGCCAGCUCCUCGUCUACCAGCUGGACGAUAAGGAGAUCGAGUCGGACCUCAAGGUCAUCCAGCGCGGCAAGCCGCUGGGGCCCAAUGUGCUGCAGCAGAACGGCAUUGGCUCCUACGGUGGCGCCCAGCAGCAGCAGCAGCCUAUGCACGGCCUGCUGGCCGAGCCACCCGUUAAUAGCGGCUACGUCGAGACCCGCAUCGAGGAUAACAAGCUGCUGUACGAGCGACGCUGGUUCUGCCGCGGCCAGCAGGUCUAUGUGGAGGGCAAGGAGAUGAGCAAGUUUGCGGCCACCAUCACCGCCAUUGGCAACGAAGUGGUCUGGGUGAAGCGCACGAACGAGACCAAGGUCAAGAUCAACAUGUCGCAUUUGGCCAAGGGGAAGAUCUCGAUAAAGCGGCGAUAGCUUCGCCGUCGGGCCGGGCGCUUCCGCAUCACGUCUGUCCCGCUACCUCUUCGGUCGAGAGACCUAUUUUCAUAAACUUAUUGGUACCGACGAAGCCCUAGACUAGGUGUACAUUUUACUUAACGAAUACUACAAACUGUAAAUAAUGAAACCACACUUAUUUUGUACAAAAAGUGAUUUUUAUUGAAUCCCUCGAAUAUGUUUGGGAUAUUGCGGCAGUAGCUUCAUCGGCAAAAGCAUGCUUCAUUUGCAAUGACUUCAACUGCUCUAGAAAGAAAUAAUGAGAGGUAAAAAACCCAGAUUUAAUCUGAUUUUUAGUUAAUUAACGAAGAACAGUUGUCUCAUGCUAACUUAAAAAACACUGACACAGAAUAGUAAAGUCCGCUUAUCGAUUUAAAUAAAUCAACCAGCAAAUUGAUGAUUGUUUGUUUUAAAAACAACCUGUAUUUACAUGUAACAAUUUUUAUUUGACGCGCUGCAAGAGGAAAUUCUUACCUGUAUAGGUACAAGAUAAACAAAUUCAAAAAUGUUUGUACUCGACUGAAGCAUGCCAUUUUUCUGAAAAUGUUACUUUUCUUAGUGUCCUAAAUAUAAAUAAGUUCAUUUACUGCUCCUAAUAGACAUUAAACCGCUAGUUUAUCGAAAAACAGCCAGAAAAGUUGGACCUAUGAGUCCACCUUUUAUAUUAAAAGGUAUUCUUAAACUAAAACAAACAAUGUUUUAGUAACACGCAAAAUGUAGCAAUUGUUAGUUUGUUAAUACUCGUAUUCCCUCAAGUUUAUUUGUAAAAUCAUAACAGAAAGGCCCAAAAGAUUCUUUUGGGAGCAAUUAUGGUUUUGCGAUGACUUUGCGUGCACUGCGAAUUAAUUAUUAGAAAUGUAACUCUUUAGAUUUAACUAAUAUAUUUAAUAAAACGAAGAAUUCUUUUAAAAUAAAAUAAAAUAAAAUAUGUUUUUACUUUAAUACUUCAUUUAUUUUUUCCAAGCUUGAAAACCCAAUAACUCAAAUACUUCUUGUUAAACAUGCAUUCCACUCAAUAUUUCUGGUAUAUUUAUAAAAAAACAUGUGUACAUUAAGGAUAAAAAAUUGUUUAAAAGAAAAUAGAAGAUAUAGAAGUGAUUUUAAACUUUUUAGUCUCACAGAUUUAGUCAUUUUAUAACUUAUCUCGUUAAUAUUGUAACACAUUGUUAAUGUGUUAAGUACGAAACUAUUUCAAGUCUGCAAAUUAUAAAAAUGUAAGAUUUUUGCUAUUCAUUUAGUGGAAAUAAAAGCGUGUCUAAUCAAAAACAAGUCAGAAUAUUGGAACCGAUUUGUUGUUGUUUGCUAACUAUUUUUCUUUUAUAUGUUUUAGUUGUUUAUAAUUUUCCCCAUAUUGUGGUAAAUUUUAAAUAAUCUUUCUAAACUUUCUUUGUAAACUACAUUGUAAUUUUUAAGAUAUUAAAAGUGAAUAGACAUGUACACUGUUACUAUCUUCUACAAAUCAUGUGCAUGCUUAGCUGUCUCCCCAUUACAACCUUCAAAAGCGGAUUCGAAUAUUUCCCUAAAUAAAAAUUAAAAUAAAUUUGAUUUCCUUCGUUUUAACCACAGUAGCUAAUAUACUUUAUUGACAAAACAUUUUGUCUGCUUUUUGUACGGAAUACUAUUUAAAACCAACACAGUUUUGAAGGUUUAAUACAUCGUCAACCGAUUUGAAUAAAACUAAAAGCCACUGGAAUGUGCGAGCAAUCGCACGAAGUAAAUUGCACAUGUUUAUAUAGAUUUGCAAUGUGCCUAUUGCUUUUCAAGUCUAUAUACUAUUUGUGGGGUCAAAAACGCUAGCUUUAAUGCGUUAGAAACGUCCUGACCAAAAUGAGGAAUCAUUUCGCAUAUGCAAUAGAAAAAACAAGAGGAAUCGCAGCUUGAG